AUGAAAAAUUCAUCAGAUAUUUCUAAUUCAAGAUGUAUGCAAGGAAUUACACUUAUUCAAGCUGAAAAACGUACAUAUAGAGUUUCUAGUUCUUCUAUAGUAUCUAUUGACACAAUAAACAAAGAAAAUUCUGAUACAAAAAGUAGUUAUUCAAAAAAUCAUAAUAAAAGUAAUGAAAAUUUAGUUUCCAAUGACAGCAAAUUUGUUAAAAGCAUUGAUCCAAAUAUACAACAAAUCCAUGAAAAAAAUGUAUCAAAUGAUCAAAUAACAACAUUAAAACUUAAAAUACCAUCAAAAAUGUAUGGACAUAUAAUUGGCAGAGGAGGUGCAACAUUGAAACAAAUAGAAUCUGAUACAAAUACUAGAAUAAAAAUUAUAAAUGCAAUUACAGGUUCAAAUGAAAACAUUGAGAAAUCUAAAAAAAGAAUCUAUGAAAUAAUUAGAUCAGUUGUUCCAAGAUCACCUCCAACACAUUUUUUAUCUUUACCACUUGAUACUGAUCGAAAUUUGCAACAAAAGAUAUCCAAUUUUCAAUCAGAUGUUCUCUCACUUUCCAUACCCAAGAUUGAUCCCACCAUACUUAUAAAUCCAUCUUCAUUUCAUUUGACCCUUGGGAUGUUAAGUUUGUAUAUUGAAGAAGAUAUUAAAGGUGCCGUGCAAUUGUUAAAAAGUUUGUCUACUGAAGUUAAUGAUUUAGUUGGAUCAAGAAUACCAGUUGUAAAAUUAUCUGGUUUGGAUAUAAUGGAUGAAGAUUCUACAAAAACAAAUGUUUUAUAUGCAAAAGUUGAAGAAUUGGGAGAAAAAAAGAUUUUAACAAAAUUAGCUGAAUUUUUGAAUGAAAAAUUUUCUGAAGCUGGAUAUUUAAAAAAAACUGAUAGACCAUUAAAGCUUCAUGCCACUUUGAUUAAUACAAGUCAUCGUAAAAUUAAAGGAUCGUAUAAAAAUUAUGAACGAAUUCCAUUUUCAGCUGUUCAAAUUCUAAAUAAAUUCCCCAAUAUCGAUUUUGGAACAUGCAGAAUUGAGAAUAUUCAUAUAUCAAAAAUUGGAGAACAUGAUGAAAACGGAAGACAUAAAAGUGAAGGAAAAAUUAAAAUCAAAUAA